GUCUCACUCGUAAGCUCUUUAUAAAAGCCCUAGCUUGAGACAGGCACCAGUGUUAUAUACUCGUUCCUUUCUAGCUACUGGCGUUACAGCAACUGGAUCGAGAAGAGAGAAAGCAGGAACAGCUUAGUUGAGCAAGAGCGAGUUGUGAGAGAAGCAUUAGAUCAAAUCCGAUGGAGCUGGAGGUUGCCGCGCCGGUGCCGAGCAGGAGGGACGGCAGGAGGCUGGCGAGGUGCCCGCGGCUGCAGCUGGACACCAAGACGGUCACGGCCAUCGAGCAGUCCACAGGGGAGAGCAUCGCCGACGCCAGCGAGGGCGGCGUCGCGAUGCGCGUCAAGAUCGUGCUCAGCAAGCAGCAGCUGAAGCAGUUGGCGGCGGCAGUCGCCGGGGGCGGCUCCUUCGCCCUGCCGCCGUCGCUGGAGCAGCUCGUCAGCGUUCUCAAGCGGCAGCACGCCAAGAAGCAGGCGGCGGCUGCCGAAGUGGUGGCUGUCGGAAGGGGCAGGGGGCGGUGGUCGCCGGCGCUGCAGAGUAUCCCGGAGGAAUGCUUUAGCUAGAUAGCCUUGUUAGCCUACGUGUAGUAUUCCACUAUUGGCAUGUAUAGCUUUCUUCUUCCUGGGUUGCAACCAGCCGAUUUAAUUUGGUUGGGCCAAAGCGAGCGCCCAAUGGUUGCAUCCCAACUUUGAAAUGUCACAUUGUAAUCUGGCAUUUGGAUCGAUCGAUCCAAAAAUUUCCCCUCUGUUUCCGAGAUCUGAUGUACAUACCUGGAAUCUGGAUUCAAUCAGUCAAUAAGACAAUGAGCUAGGAAAGGAACCAAAGCAGCGUGUCAAGUCUCUUUCUCUGCCGUCAAGAUGGUGUCCUGCUCCAUGUGGCUUACUCUGCGUGUGUCAGUGAUCUAGCUGAUGGAGCGUUGCUGCAGGGAAAGAAAUGCCCAAAUGGGAGCCAGCCCGGCCCUAAGAUUCUCUUAAGCAGUACGACAAGAUCUACACAAGAGGGUUACAGUUAUGGUUUAUGACCGGGGUGGGGGGCGUAGUACACCACCAUGGCCUACUUAGUGGCAUGUGGUAUGUGUCAUUUGCACAUGUCUAAUCAGCUUCAGUGCAGAGAAGAUCGAAUGAGAGCUAGUGCUUGUCUUCGUUGUUCGUUCCUUGCACAGAGAAACCGCAAUGGAGCAUCUUGACGCUGAUACUGAUGGCCCGGCCGAUGUUAAGUGAGGUUUUUUAAGAACAGCUGUGGGAGAAAUUAGCGAACGGUGAGUACUGGUAAGACGGGUGCGCAGGGCAGUAGGGUUAAUAGUAGUAGUUAAGCUGGGCAUGUGCACAUAAGGGCCGUGGAAGAAGAGAAACGAAGGACAGACUGACCGAGGUAGAGACAGGUACAGAGAGCAGAA